AUGGGCGACAGCCGCAAAUCCCAGUCAGCGAUCCAGGCCCUGUCGGCGAUCCUCCCCGCCGCCGCCGGCGCUUCCUCCGCAGCCGCCCUCCUCCACGACGCCGCCGUCGCAAAGGAGGUCUCCGCCCACCUCCGCCGCGCCGACUCCGGCGCCGUCAACGACAACCUCUGCGCGUGGCUUUACGACACGUUCCACUCCUCCGACCACGACCUCCAGCUCGUCGUCCUCCGCUUCCUCCCCGCCGUCGCCGGCGUUUACCUCUCACGCGCCGCCGCCGCCCUCAACAAGCCACUCGCCGGCUUCGAGUCCGUCCUUCUCGCCGUCUACGCGCACGUGACCGCCGCCCGCAACGGGCAGCCCGUCACCGCCGCGAUCCCCGACCUCGCCCAGCCGAGCGUCUACCACGAUGGCGGCGGUGCCGCGGCGAAGACGCUUCCGCAGAAAUCCCCGGCCGCCGCGUCGGAGCCACAAUUGGGGGUGAUAUCGGCGAGCCUUGAGCCGCACGGGACGGUGAGAUCCACGCGCCGCGCGAGGAUCGUGGGCGUGGGAUUGGAACUGUAUUACAGCAGAAUUGCGCAGAUUCCACUUGGAUCCAAAAUUGAGUUCUGCCAUUUCUGCAAAAUCUGGUCGGGUCAGAAUCUUAACAUUGACAGUGAUCUUGACAAGCACGAUAGAAAAGAGGGUAAGUUAGGAGGGCGAAUCAAUCUGCCAUGGGAGUUAUUGCAACCGAUUUUAAGAAUUCUAGGACAUUGUUUGAUGGGGCCAGAAAAGAACGAGGAACUUCUCGAAGCGGCGUUCAAGGCAUGCCAAUGUCUGAAUUCGAGAGCUCUACACGACUUAAAUGCCAAGGCAGUUAUGGCCACCGCGAGCCUUGUGAAGCUCGCAGAAAUUAUGAGGUAUGGAGAGGCCGAUCGAAGUGAGAUAGACACGAGUAAUGUAAUGACGGUCUAAAUUUAAAUUUUAAAGUUUGUACGUAUAGUCCAAUGAUAAAAAUGGAUCGCUAGUGUCAAAAAUUUUGUAAU